GGCGGCGGAGGCGGGCACGGCUGCACCUGCCGGCACGGCUCGGCUCGGCUCGGCUCGGCACGGUUCAGCACAGCUCAGCCCAGCCAUGCCGGCAGCCACGGCGCCGGGCCCGGAGGUGCCGCGGAGCGCUGCGCCCGGGCGGGACGGCGGCGGCCCUCCCCGCGGCUACACAGGACAGUGCAGCCGCAUAUUUCCUCCCCAGCUUGGCACACUGGAGAUCAUUCACGGCAACGGCACCGCUGUGGGGACGGUCAUCGCCUUCCAGUGCUCAGCUGAGCACCAGCUGGAGGGGCCGGGCGUCAUCACCUGCGUGUGGAAAGGGAACGGGACCCAGUGGACCGCAGGCAUGCCCUCCUGCAAGCCCAUAUCAAAAUAUGAGACUUUUGGAUUUAAGGUCGCAGUGAUUGCCUCCAUUGUGAGCUGUGCCAUCAUUCUGCUGAUGUCUAUGGCUUUUUUAACCUGUUGUCUCAUCAAGUGUGUGAAGAAAAAUGAAAGGAGGAGGACUGAAAGAGAUAUGCAGCUGUGGUACCAGCUCAGAACUGAAGAACUAGAGAACAUGCAAGCUGCUUACUUUGGUUAUAAAGGAAGAAAUAACAACAACAACAACAAGAAACUCAGGAAUAAAUCUGUAUUUGAUGACGUGACUAACAUGGCAUAUGAUAACCAAGGCUUCUACAGAUUCCAGAAGGAGUGGACUCAGGACAUCGCAGCCCCAGGGCGUAGCAAAGACAACGUUCAGCUGCACCAGUUCGACAGCAGCAGUGCACCUGCAAGACAGGUGGUACCAGGACACAGCGCUGCAGGACACGCAGUGAAUUCAAUACACGUGGUUGAAGUGUAUGGACACAAGGCUAGAUACAACAAACCUAGCUGUCAGAUACCUGGAUAGCUGGUGUCUGAAAUACACUUGCUUCUCUGGACCAAAAUGAAAUUUGGAUAGAAAUAACGUGCCUUAAAGACAACGCAGAAAGCUAACUACUCAUUUGAAUCUGAAAGUUUUAUAUACUCCAAGAUGGUUAUUUAACGGAAAUACUUCAAGGUUUGAUAUAACUAAAAUAAUGAAUGUUGAGGCUGGCAGUCAGCAGCCAUCCUCUGCAGUGCGCUGUGUAUUGUGACAAUGGCAAAAGCAUCAUAUCGUUCUUCUAUACCUCUAGAGAGAAAUGGUAGCUGGUUUGUAUCUUUGCCUCAUACAAAGUCACUGACGAUAAUUACACGUAAAAUUACAACCUUCUUUUAACCUGUGUUUUUUGUAAACAUUUCAGAAAGAAAAAUCCCCCAUAUUUUUACACAAUAGUAUGUUAGAACUACAAUAAAAUGUUUUUAAUUAAAAGCCCCCUGUGCUUUGCAUAAGGAAGGCCGUAUUGUUUGAUUUAUCUUCUAUGUAUUUAGAGGCUGUGGCAGGUGGGGUGCAGUACAGGCACAUCCCCAGCCCGCCGGCGUGUCCAGGAGGUGCAGCACACAGAGGGGCGCCUUGCCUUGCGGCGGGACCCUUCACCUUGCCUGGUGACACCGCCGCUGGGCAGCGAUGGCUCAUGCUGCCGUGACAGCGCAGUGCGGCUGUGGCA